CCUAAAACUCCUUGUGGACUUUUGGCACAGACAGCCGAAUAAGUGAAUCAAACAACUUUGCCGAUUCGAUGCAACAAUAUUGAUCGAGGGGACACCUCGCAGUCUUAAUGAAAUUAAAAUUUACUCUCUAAAUUCAAAGGACCAUCAACGAGCCGUGCAAAGCUACAGAACCACUUCGUGUUCACCAAACCUUUCGCAGGUUUCGACACCAUAGAACGACUUCAGAAAGGUACACGACAUCUCAAUCUCAAAAGGAAGUCGUUACAGUACCGGUGACGCACGAGUCGGGCGAGUUUGGGUGGAAGAGUGCGGGAGAAGCGCCGCCUCUACAGCCAUUCAAACAUCAAUAAUAAUUUUCCCAGCAACGAGAAAACAAAACAAAACAAAACAAAACGAAUCAAACUCAGCAAAGCAUUGAUUACCUACCAUGUCAACCCGCCGAGCGAGGAAGCGAGACAAAAGUGCAACCGCCAAGGAUAGUUCGGCUCACUCGCGGUUCUCCCAGGGGUCGGCAUCUCAUUCGAAGCGAAGCAACGCAAAGGGCAAGAUUCGAGGGCGAGACUCUCCACUAAGGGGAGGCGGUGCAGACCAUAACAAGAACAUGACCAUGCCCCCGCCCGUCCGAAGAUUCCAUCGCGAUUCCAUUAGCAAAAAGACCCCCUGGGCGACACCAACGUCGUCCCCCAUCACAGCUACUUCCACAGUGUCCCCGGAGACUCCMCGARAUCGAACAGACGAACACGAGAACCAMAACAUUCCUGGUCUGUCCCGGACCUCUGUCCCAUCCACCUUCACCACCGCCAGCGGUCAAUUCAAUCCCAAUGCAUCCCUCUUGAACUUUGAUGCCAAAUCCCACAUCGGGGUCCAGGGAACUUCUUUCUACGACAGCAACAAUAGUCUCAUUGCUGGUGCCGAAUACAGCGAUUCUAGUCCAACGAGCAGCAGCAGCAGCAUCUCUGUUAGCCAGAGUCCUAGCAAGUUGCUUUCGACAUCAACAGAGAGAGGCAAAGAAAGCCCGCAGCGGUCCGUGGACAAUUCCGUGGACAUCCCCGACAUGAAGGAAUACGUCAUCGAGGAUCCUGUGGAACGGACCAAAUUUUACAAACACCUCAAGAAGAGAGGUAUCAAGAAAACCCUGACGUUCGACGAACAAUGGGAGACCAGYUCUUCGGGAACCGUCGUCAGCUCUUUGUCCAUCUCCGCAGCGAGUUACAUCCUGGACCUGGCGCAACAAAAAGAAUCACGAGCCAAGGAACGCGAGGAAGAAGCCCUCGAGGAAGCCCUGGACUUGUACGGAACAUGGCUAGCGGAAGGAAAGACCGACGACAAGAAUAUUUUCCUGAUGAUCCUUCACGAGGUCAAGAAGGAAUUCAAGCUCAAGUAUGCAAAAGCCGACAAAUUUCAGGACACCCUGCUGGAUGCAGCACUGGAAGAAGAAAUUCGGCGACGUGAAAAGAUCAAGAAGGAAGAGGACGAGGAAGAGGCAAAGAUAUUAGCAUCGCAUGAUAAGGAUGACGAUGGUGACGCUGAAUCUGCCAGAGCGAGCCUCCMUCCCAGCAGUGAUCACAACAAAUCGACACAUCGCAGGAGUUCGUCGAGGCUCGACGAAAUCAUCGAAAUGAACACGACGCAAAAGUCUCUUCGUGCAAGKUGGGAUGACAACGAGGAAUUCGAUGAUGACGUCGACGAUGUCGAYGWUAGCACCGUUGCCGACGAUGAAAAUAACAAGUGUAAGAACGACGAAUGGAAAGAACCUUCCGUUACAGGCGUGAAAGUGGGUUAUCACAAAGCAUCCAACAAGACUCUGAAACGGAAAAAAAGUAUACGGGGUAUCUUGRGCCGUAUGGGAAGUAAACGUAGCCAAAAUGAUGCUUUCUCYGUCUCAAAAGGACGCGAUAGGAGCRCGGCGAAGAAAACAGAAGUCAACAUCGAUCAAAAUCCAGAAUCAAACAAGGAUGUAGACAACGAGACAGUUGAUCCCAUCCUAUCGCCUUCGAGCCCAGAAGAUUCGAAAAACAUUUUCAGUCGCCUGCGGCUAAAGAAAUCGCAGAAAGAUGCCGAGCAACGGAUGGAAGAAGAACGAUGGUGGAARAAAAUUAACUCCGUAGAAACGAAAGAAGAGCUAUGGUGGAAAAAGAUCAACGAGGCGCAAAAAGAAAAACAACUCUUCGAAGUUGGCUUCAAAAAAGAUGUCGAGAGAGAAAACCUUGAUAGGACGAGUAGAACCGUCGAGAGUGCACCAGUCGAACUAAGGCAAGCCGUUACACCUACUCGGUCCAUCUCCACUGCAGCCCGCGAGAAUACCGAUGCCAACAUCGGUCAAGCUAAGUACGAUAGAAGGAAAAGUUGGGCAGCUACUACCAGUGACAAGAUUGAGGUGGGGAGGAGAGGACAAGAUCUGAAAACACCAACCGAUACUGGUGGAACCGAAAUUCUUAAAACCUCGAGCUCAAAAGACAGCGAAAACACGCAAGAAAAGGAAGUUAAAAGUAUSAAGAAGAAAAAGAAAAAGUCCAAAGAGAAUAUUGGUUCAGACAAAGUGCAGGAACAAGGCGACACUUCUCCUCAAAGAAAAGAGAAGAAGAAAAAGAAAAAGGCAAAGAUGGAGGACGUCGAAAGCGACGCGAUUCCACCAAGGCCUCAAUCUUUCAAGGUGGCCAAGAAGCGAGAGAAGCUUUCUAGAGAUGGCGGUAGCAGCGUCAGGGUUCUCGGCGUCACCGAAGAGCAUACGAAGCCCGCCAAGCCCCUUAAGAAGAAAAAGAGCAAAAGGAUUACCGAAGAGGCCGUCAAGACAAAGCUUGGCAAGGUUGACRAUGCAUCGACCAAAAAGAAGAAGAGCAAGGGCAAGAGCACAAACGAUGGCGAAAUCAGCCCGUUUGCAAAGAAUGGCAAGAAGGGGAAGAAAAUGUCCGACCAAAGUUUACAAACCGACGACGCCAUUCACGGUGACGUAGAGUCGAUGCAUGGUUCAGAUCAAUGCAUCUUCGACGAGAAUGACGAUGUUUCGUCAGAUAAUAUUUCGUCAGAUAAUAUUUCCUCAGAUGGCGACGUGAAUGUCUUAAGUGACAUUGAUGACACUAAAAUCAACGAGAGACCUACUGUUAUUGAAUCGUUUCAAUAACGCUACARCAAAACAAGAUCAAUAACGUAAUACUAUCGUCACAUUGUGAAAGCAUAAUUAUUGAAUAGAAGUACUAAUUAAAAUAAAUAAAUCAUU